GGUGGGCCUUCUGAGCCGUCCGAACGAAGACAGGGUCUUGGCAAGCGAUGCUGCCGGGACUUAGCAAGGCGGAGCUUGGAGAUAAAUUUCCUCAGGGGCAGGUCAGAUAAGAGGCCCAAAAGGAGGAGCUACGUAGCAAUGUUCGCAAUGGGCGGGGUCCAGGGAGGGGCUUAACGGAGGGGCGGGGCAUUUUAAAAGGGUGGGGCAUAAAGUGAAGGGGCCUGCACAUGGGCAAGACACCCGAGUAUUUCUAAAGUUGAUCUGGGUUCGAAGGGCUGCGCUCAAGCUGGCCCACGGGGGCGUGGCCUCGAGCUCGGGGCGGGGCCUAGAUCUCGGGGGUCGUCCUCGCUGUCUCGCCCACUUGCCUUCACCCGCACACCCGUUCUUUUCGGUUAUUUUCUGCUACGGCCGUUCCCCGCCCUGCCCUGGGUCCACGGGGCCAUGGCCUGAUCUUUGGUCGGCUGUAGGAGUCGGUGAGUGGGGUCUACUGAGCGGAGGAGCCGGGGCGGAGCUUGAGGAAAAGGGGUGGAGCCUAAGUUAAGAGCUGUCACAAACGGCGAGCGGGAAAAGUUUAGGAGGCUUGAGGAUUUGCUGCUGGCUGAGAAGAGGGAGGGAUCCAAAUGAUCGACAGAGAGAGACGGUGGGUGAUCGGAGGGUUAAGACUGAAGGACUGGGGGAUUAGUUAGACCACAGAGGCGGACCUGACCCGGGUGGGGGCGGGGCUUAGGCCUCAGGGACCCGGUUAGAGUGUUAGGAUAGAUAGAAGCCUCAAUUCCUUGUUGGCUACAGGGCAUAACCAUCAUUAUCAGUGUGGUUUAAAACUCAACAGAGAGGCUGGUGAGAACUGACCCCUGAAGCCUUGAGAUCCCAGGGGUGGCCAAGGUGUUAAGAAUAUGAUCUAAGCACCCGAGGAGUCAGGGUUGGCACCUUAGUACAUUAAUCAGUUGGGUUCGAAGACUAAGAACCGCAGCUUUGAGAGCAUGGGGGAGUGGGCGUGGUCAUGACGAAUCGGAGAACUGGAGACUUAAGAGACGGGGGCUGAGAGAAUAUUGGAGGACAGGGCAGACCAAUGCAGACAGGGACAGUCCAAGAACAGCCUGAGCCUUGGAGUCCCCGCAGAACCCGCCGACUGACUGGUGGAAGUUUAUUUAACCACAGUCUCCGGCCUCCGUCGAAAAUGGGGAACGUUCAGUCGGAGCCUUCCGCGGGCGGGGGCUCCCGAAAAGAACAAGCCUCAGACCGCGCAUCCGACUCCCGCAGGACGCCUCUGGUGAAGCCCGGGGUGACCCCCUCAUCCCCAGCCAUGCACCUGGCUCGAGGGCUGGGCGUCUGGUUCCCUGGCAGUUCCGGGCCCCCGGGACUCCUGAUACCCCCGGAGCCCCAGGCCUCACCCUCGCCCCUGCCCCUGACCUUAGAGCUGCCCUCGCCAGUGACACCACCUCCAGAGGAGGCGGCUACGGCGGCGGUCUCCACACCACCCCCGCCCCCCGUGGGGACCCUGCUGCCCGCGCCAUCUAAGUGGCGAAAACCCACGGGCACUGCAGUGCCUCGGAUCCGCGGCCUGUUGGAGGCGAGCCAUCGUGGUCAGGGUGACCCUCCGAGCCUCCGCCCGCUGCCACCGCUGCCCCGGCAACUGACCGAAAAAGAACCGGUCCCGAGGGCCCCAGCCCCACCUCCGACGCUCCUGGAGCCUCGGAAGCAGCUACCGCCAGCACCUCCGCCUUGCGACCCGCAGCCCCCGAGCCGCAGAAUCACUCUGGCCUCUUCGGCCACAAGCCCCACAGAAAGCCAGGUCAGGCACAGCAGCGAGGGCCAGGCGGCCGGGGGAGCCCGCGGAGGGGCGCCCCCCCCAGCCGGAGAGGGCGAAAUGGCUCGGUCUGCUACUUCCGAGUCCGGCCUCAGCCUGCUGUGUAAAGUCACCUUCAAGUCGGGGCCCCACUUGUCCCCCGCGUCGGCCUCGGGUCCCGUAGCAGCCAAAGCCUCACAUGGGGCCGGCGGUGGAGGAGGACAGUUCGCCUCUUCGGGGGCCAUCUCUUACGCUGAGGUCCUGAAGCAAGGUCUUCAGCCUCCUGGAGCCACUCGUCCCUUGGGAGAGGUCCCUCGUGCAGCUCAGGAAACGGAGGGCGGUGACGGAGAUGGCGAAGGGUGUUCUGGUCCCCCUUCGGCGCCCGCUCCCCUUGCCCGGGCUCUACCGCCACCCCCUUACGCCACCUUCCCAGGUUCAAAGCCCAAAUUCGACUGGGUGAGCCCUCCCGAUGGCAGUGAACGGCACUUCCGAUUCAACGGGGCUGUCGGGGGAAUCGGGGCACCCCGACGACGCACAACCACGCUCUCAGGGCCUUGGGGCUCCCCUCCACCAAGGUCAGGUCAGACGCAUCCAGCUUCAGGGCCCCGGAGGCUUACACCUGCCUUGUUGGCGCCACCCAUGUUCAUCUUUCCAGCGCCCACCAAUGGCGAGCCUGUACGCCCAGUGCCUCCAGGUCCACAGCAGAUACCUCCGUUGCCACCUCCACCGCCCACACCACCAACCACUCCGCCACCGGCGCCGCCACCCACACCUCAGCCACCGGCACUUCCGAGGACGCCGAUACUGGUGGCCCACCCGCCUAACCCAAGCCCUGGCCACGUAGAGUCAGCCUUGGCUCCUACCCCUGCCCCUGCUCCGCCCCCUACCGUGGCUGCCGACCAGGCUCCGCCCCCGUCCCCGGUCCCGGCUCCGGCCACAUCCCCAGCUCCAGCCACCACCACCGUGGAGCCGUCACCGCCAGUGCCCCAGCCCACCAAGAUUCGUACACGCAAGAACAAAGGUCCCCGAGCGGCCCGGGGUGUGAUCCGUGAAGAGGUUCUAUCUGGAGACGGUCCUCGAGAACUGACUGCGACUCCAGUGACUGACAGCAGCAGUGGAGGGGGUGGCGGUAGCAGCAGCGGAACACCCACAGCUGGGGCCCCUAGCAAGGGUGCAGUGCGCCACUGGCCGCCUUUCGAGGUGCUUAAUUCUUGUCCUUCCAAGUGCUACUGCCGCCAUCAGCCCCGUCACCGACGCCUGCCACGCAACGUGUCUGCCUGGUGAGGGAGACCCAGGAGUGGAGAGUAGAGGGCGGGCACACUCCCAAGUCCAGCACCCAUUUUCCCUGGAUAGAGUAAGAUUCAACGCUAUGGCAUCCUGACCAUAGGCUGACCCCUUGACUUACGUGGGUCUCAGCCUAACUGAGCCCCAGGAGCCUUGACCCUUGACUGGCCAUUAGCUCAACCCCUCGACCCUUGGUCCUGUAGUCUUCCCGUUGGUCUGACCCUCUUCUGGUCUAACCCUGUCCCUGAGGGCACUAGAGACAAGUUUUUUCAGAGAUGUCAGAAGGAAACAACUGUCUACUGGAACCUGAGGGAGGAAUAAAUAGGCCCCCAACUUUCCUGGGCCCAGUGAAAUCCCCACCUGCCAUACCUUUUCCCACCCCCCUACCCCGGAGGCAAGGCUUUGGCAACUAAAGGGUAGAGGUCUCAGCCUUUGGCCGCAAAGGUUACUUUCCCAUCAGGGGACACCGCCCCUCCUCCACCUUUGCUACUAAACUAUGCCCCUGGACUGUGUUGCCAGGUCUAAGCCCAGCUAUGGACAAAAUCCUGCCUUGGCCUCCUUUGGGGGCUUAGCUAGGACUCAUCACAUUCCUUCCUUUUCUACAUGGCUGUACCUCCACCCCAAAUGCCCUUGGGAACCUAAUGACACCUUCAGUUUGUCUUUAUGCCCACGGGGAAGGUGAAGCCCAGGAAAGUACACAGACAGACCCUGUCAAUUCUUCCUCCUGCCAGGCUGAGUACGACCACCAACCACCUGAGUGAGCCUCCCUGGGUGGUCACCGUCAAGCUGGCCGGCUCCCUAGUAGCUGGCCUGGAGCACUACGACUUGCAGGCCACCCAUUCCAACUGAGUUCGGUCUGCCCAACACCCUCUGCCUCACCUUCUUUAAUAAAGUACCCAGUCUACACAGCCUGCCUAGCUGCCUAUCCUUAACCACCCGGGAGGCUGAGGUGCAGAAACGAGCAAAGCCAGGCUUCCUCUAAAGAACCAGCUCCUAUGCACACCAAGUAAGGUGACCGGGCCCAAAGCAGUGAUGAGAUGCCAGGGAGCAGGCAUCACUUAGGCCCAGGACGAGGGUCUUGUCCCCUUUACACCACCAACGCUGUGGCUGAGCCAUGGUCACGGGUCACUCUGGAGCAACAGUGAGGAUAACCAACCGGCUUUUUCAAAAACUCUGCAGGUAACUCGGCC